AUGUCUUUGAGCAGCUAUAAGAAGAUGGGUGCAGCCCUCGCCUCGAGGCUCACAUUUGCUGGUAUCUCACGUUCUGUGCAUACAGUACCUCUUCGACCUUUGACGCGCUCACGGUGCCAACUCUCAAUUGCUCCUCCUCUUGGCCGAACUAUCACGACAGCACAGAAACGCUACAGCACAAUGUCUGACUUGUAUGUUGAUCUCGAGGCGCCCAACGGCGUCAAGUACAAGCAGCCUACCGGCCUCUUUAUCAACAACGAGUUUGUUCCAGGAUCGUCGACCCAAAAGAUUACUUCCAUCGACCCUGCUACCGAGAAGGAGAUUGCCACAGUUCACGCAGCCAAUGCCGAUGAUGUCGAUAAGGCUGUCAAGGCAGCCCACGCUGCAUUUCACAACCCCUCAUGGAAGAAGCUGCCUCCUCCCCAGCGAGGUGUUCUGAUGAACAAGCUUGCCGACUACAUUGAAGAGCGUACCAAGAUCUUUGCUACCUCGGAGGCUUGGGACAAUGGCAAGGUCUAUGGCGAUGCUGAAGGCGGCGACGUUGUCGAAGUUAUCAACACUAUUCGCUACUAUGCCGGUUGGGCCGAUAAGAUCACUGGCCAAACUAUUACCGCCAACCCCAACAAGCUCGCCUAUACUCUUCGCCAGCCUCUCGGCGUUGUCGCCCAAAUUAUUCCUUGGAACUACCCUCUUGCCAUGGCCGCCUGGAAGAUCGGCCCUGCAUUGGCAUGCGGUAACACUAUUGUCAUGAAGGCUGCGGAGCAGACACCUCUUAGCAUCCUUCUCCUCGGCGAGGCUAUCAAGGCAGUCGGAUUCCCUCCGGGUGUAUUCAACGCUCUCAACGGCUACGGCAGCGAGGCUGGUCCUGCUCUUGUCGAACAUCCUCUUGUCGAUAAGGUUGCUUUCACUGGCUCGACCGCUACUGGUGCUAAAAUUAUGGAGAUGGCUUCUAAGACCCUGAAGAACAUCACCCUCGAGACUGGUGGUAAAUCGCCUCUCUUGGUCUUCGCCGACAGUGACCUCGACGAGGCUGCCAAGUGGUCUCACAUGGGUAUCAUGUCCAACCAGGGCCAAAUUUGCACAGCUACUUCUCGUCUCUUGGUUCAAGACACGGUCUACGACGAAUUUAUCAAGCGCUUCCUCGAAACAACCAAGACUGUCAGCAAGGUCGGUCACCAAUGGGAUUCAGAGGUGUACCAGGGUCCCCAAGUCUCAAAGCAGCAGUACGAUCGAAUUCUCGAAUACAUCGAGAUUGGAAAGUCCGAGGGUGCUACUCUUCUCGCUGGUGGACAGCCUGUCGACGCUUCCAAGAAGGGUUUCUUUAUCCAGCCUACCGUUUUUGGAGAUGUCCAUAACCAGAUGCGUGUCUUCCGUGAGGAAAUCUUUGGCCCUGUGGUAGUCAUCACUAAGUUCAGUGAAGAAGAGGAGGCCCUCAAGCUUGCCAAUGACACGACAUAUGGCCUUGGCGCUGCCGUCUUUACCAAGGAUGUUGAGCGCGCCCACCGAGUUGCUGCUGAGAUCGAGGCCGGCAUGGUUUGGAUCAACUCUACGCAGGAUUCUGAACCCUACAUCCCCUUCGGUGGUGUGAAACAGAGCGGCAUUGGUCGUGAGCUUGGCGAGGCUGGACUGGAGGCCUACAGCAACACCAAGUCCAUCCACGUGAACCUGGGUUCCCGGCUGUAA